AUGCCCCCCAAGAAGGCUGUCAAGGAAGAAAAGGCUAUGCUCGGCCGUCCCUCCAACAACUUGAAGAUUGGUGUUGUUGGUCUCCCCAAUGUUGGUAAAUCUACCUUCUUCAACGCUCUUACAAAUGCCUCUGCUGCUGCUGAGAACUACCCUUUCUGUACUAUUGACCCUGAGGAGUCUCGUGUUGCUGUUCCUGAUGAGCGUUUUAACUGGCUGUGUCAACACUACAAGCCUGCCAAGGAGAUUCCUGCCUAUUUGACUGUCAUUGAUAUUGCUGGUCUUGUUAAGGGUGCUGCUUCUGGUGCUGGUUUGGGUAACGCUUUCUUGUCUCACAUCAAGGCUGUCGAUGCCAUUUUCCACGUUGUUCGUGCUUUCGAUGAGGCAGAUGUUAUUCACGUCGAGGGUGAGUUAGAUCCUCUUCGUGAUAUGGAGAUUAUUCGUGAGGAAUUACGUCUCAAGGAUGAGGAGUUCCUUACCAAGCAAGCUACUGAAUUAAAUGCUGCUGUCCGUCGUGUUGGUAACGGUGGUAAUGCUCAAGAUAAGGCCAAGAAGGAGGAAGCUGCUACCGUCCAAAAGGUCCUUGAUUAUGUCAAGGAAGGUAAUGAUGUCCGUCAUGGUACUUGGACCAACAAGGAGAUUGAAGUCAUCAACGGUCUUCAUCUCAUCACUGCUAAGCCUGUCAUUUACCUUGCCAACUUGUCUGAAAAGGAUUUCCUCCGCAAGAAGAAUAAGUGGCUUCCCAAGAUCAAGGAGUGGAUUGACAAGAACUCUGCUGGUGACCCAAUGAUUCCUUAUUCCGGUGCUUAUGAAUACCGUGUUUCUCUCGCUGCUGAUGCCGAGGAAAAGGCUGCUAUUCAAAAGGAAUGCAACGCUCCUUCUGUUUUACCCAAGAUUAUUGUUAUGGGUUAUGCUGCCCUUAACUUGAUCUAUUACUUUACUGGUGGUCCUGAUGAAGUUAGAGCCUGGACUGUUCGCAGAAAUACCAAGGCUCCUGGUGCCGCUGGUGUCAUUCACUCUGAUUUUGAACGUGGUUUCAUUAUGGCUGAAGUCAUGAAGUAUGAUGCUUUGAAGGAAUUGGGUUCUGAAAGUGCUGUUAAGGCUGCUGGCAAGUAUAUGCAAAAGGGUAAGGAAUAUGUCGUUGAAGAUGGUGAUAUCAUUUAUUUCAAGUUUAACGUCACUGCUCCUGCUGCCGGAAAGAAGAAGUAG